GAGCCACAGAUCUGCAGGACCUCCAUCUGCUGUCAAGAGAGCCCUUACAACUUCUCUAUCUUUCAGCACCUUACUGGAGCUUUUGUCCUUUUUGGGAUAAUAUUGUGGAUUAUCCAUAGCCCCAGAUUAUAAGAGUUUUGGAUUUCUUCCAGAGGACCCAUGUGGAUGGUGGAGAGGAUCCGCAUGUCAGUGGAGAGAACUAGCCUGCCUACCUUGACAGCAGAACUCAGCUAUAAACUUGGUGAUAUCAUGUUGGGAGAAAAGGCAGACAAAUCCAAACGGAUUUCUCUUUGUCCUAAUAUCAUCACCCCUGACAACAUCCCAGAAUUCUGCAUCCCCCCAACGAUCCUGUCCUUGCAGGAGAAGAACACGGAGCAAAGCCGAGCAGCUCGCAUUAUGAAGGUGCCUCCAGGUGGAGGACCCAGCCCUGAGACGGAGAUGACGUUUCACGAGCCGUUCAACCAACAUAUUAUUCAGGUAGAAAGUGUGGAUGAGAGCCCCUACGAUGGCUGCAGUGAUGAAGAGAGCACCAAUGCCGACCCUCAGAGCCAGGCUGCCUUAUCGCUUCCACACUUAGCCAAAACCCAGACCAGCUAUGGCUUUUGCACUCUACUAGAGAGCCCCCACACAAGAAGAAAGGAGUCAAUUUUCCAUUCUGAUCCAGGCUCUUCUCCCCUGCUGCUGCCCAGAAGUCGAUCCAGCAUGUGUUCCAAACUCACCCCCUCCACCUCGCCCUCCUCCUCUCCUUCCUCCUUUAGCCUUAACAGCCUGACCUCCAGGCUUUCCCCAAGAGGCUACACCCUAAACUGGCAGACCACUCUAGACAGUGAUACCACUUCCUCUACUGAAUCCUCUCCUUUCAGCUCGCCGCUGCUGGCCAGGUGCCCUGCCAAGUCUUCCCUCUUCAAAGCGCUGAGCCAUGAACUGCUGUUGUCAAGGAACAUAAGGAAAGCAAUGGUGUCUAGGAACAAUUCCCUGUCCACAGAUGAAGGCAGCUCCACCGACAACAGCCCCAAUGUCAUGAGGAGGGCAUCAGAGGGGUUAGCUGAAGGGCUGCCCAGCAACUACAGCCUGGCACCACCCACCAUUUUCCCCAUGGACUUGAUUCUGCAUAGAGAGAGGGUCAUGAAGGAAAAAAUGGUGCCCAUUGGAAAAGAGGGCAGUCUGAGACUCUCAGCAGAAUACUGUCCAGAUAACCGAAGACUGCGAGUUCGACUCAUCAGUGCAGAGGGUCUUUAUCCCCUGUCUGUAGACCCCAAGAUUAUCAACUGUAGUGUCAGCCUGUCUCUGAUUCCCGGAAAAAUCCAGAAGCAACGCAGCACCGUCAUCAGAAAGAGCCGUAAUCCGAUCUUCAAUGAGGAUUUCUUCUUUGAUGGUAUCUCAGAGGAAGACCUCAGCCAACGGUCCCUUCGCUUUAAAGUCGUGAACAAAAUGUCCACUCUGAAAAGAGACUAUCUGCUUGGUGAUUGUGAUUUGCCUCUUUCAAGCAUUGUAACCUUAUAAAGUCAAGUACUUUUUUAAUGUACUGAAUUAUUU